GUGGUCUGAAGCCUGCAUUAAUGCGCUUGGCGUUUUUCAAGUUCACUGCAGCUCGCGCAGAGCCACUGGAGGCAGUCGAACAUCACACCUCGAGCUCAACAGGAGGAGAGGAGGACAACAGCAAAGUCUGCACACAUACAAACAGCCCCAAGUCUGCGCUUACUUCAACACAAGGGUCUGUCUCAGCGUUAAUGGAUAUUCCCACCUUCGCAUAUCAUUUCCACGGCAUCUUCAAACACGAAACGCGCAUAGACUUGAAAUCGCUUCUCCCGCGCGCAGACAAGGACAGAGAGAAGAGACGUGCGUACUGUCCAAACUAACUGCAAAGACGCAGGAUGGCUAAAGAAAUCAGAGGCAAAGUGACCCUACGCAAGCAUAGCGCUUCUCACUGGCGCAUGCAGAACAUCGCCCAGGAAUCUGUUGACAGCUCGGAUGAUGAGUUUUUUGAUGCCCGAGAGGUGCUGGAGGGGAAGACAGCCAUGCUUUUGGGUAUGAGUCAGUGGAACUCUAAUGAUCUCGUUGAACAGAUAGAAACCUUGGGCCACAUCGACCAGACGCAGGAGAGUCUGUACCGUGUAAGGAGGUCGAAAUGUGUCCCUCAGACUAGCAUUGACGGUCUAGAGGAAGCUGAGAACAAAUGUCAAACACAUGUGCUGGUGUUGGUGGUUCACGGGGGAAACAUACUGGACCUAGCAGGCGGAGAGCCAGGCGCGAAGAACGCAGAUGUAAACACCCUGUCCUCAGUGCUGGAAAAAGUAUCUCAAGCUCAUUUCCAGGCUGCAGCUCAGCAUGUCGUCAUCAAGUUGGUGACAUGCCCUGCCGUAUGCGCAGAGGCCUUCUGCCUUGUGUCAAAUCUGAACCCUUACAGCUAUGACGAGAGUUGCGUGUCCAGCAGCGUAGACCAUCUACCUCUGGCCGCUUUACCACUGCUCGCCAUAGCUGCUCCACACUACCAAGACGCCGUCGCAACCGUGAUCGCUCGGGCCAACCAGGUGUACCACAGCUUUCUGCAGUCUCCAGAGGGACAGGGGUUCACAGGGCAGGUGUGUUUAUUGGGUGACUGUGUGGGAGGUGUGCUGUGUUUCGACGCUCUCUGUUUCAGCAACAGCCCCAGACACAGCAGCCCCAUCCACGGCAGCCGACAUGACAGCACAGAGAGCUUAACGGAUAACCCUGAUGUCAGUCCGAGUCUGAGCUCCAGCAAACGUCUUAGCAGGAGCAACAUUGACUUAUCUGCCCCCAAUGAGACCCGCAACAGGAAAACUCCACUCAGCCGCAAACAGAGCGACUCGUAUGAUGGAGACUCCUCUGGCAGCCAGCACCACCCGUUCCUCAGCAGUCUGAUACAGGAUGGAACAGACCUGAGACUGAGCAGCAGCACCAGUUUAGUAUUGAAUCCAGGUCGCUUUGACUUUGAGGUGUCGGAUUGUUUUCUGCUGGGUUGUCCUCUUGGAUUGGUGCUUGCAAUGAGACGCACUGUGCUUCCAGCUGUUCAGGUGUCUCAGCUCCGGCCUGCAUGUUCACAGAUAGUCAACCUGUUUUACCCCUCUGACCCGUCGGCCUCUAGACUCGAACCAUUGCUGCACUCCCAAUUCCACAAACUGCCUCCGUUCCCUGUGCCCCGCUACCAGCGUUAUCCUCUGGGAGACGGUCGUUCCAACCUUAUCGUCGAUGAGAUCCACAGCUACCCUGACGUGUUCCUACCCAGUAGCUCAGUUCCGGUGGGCGCUCCGCACUCCUCUCCCCAGACGGAGCACGGCGCAGGUGGGCGGGUGGGCGGCGAGGUCCGCAGGUCCAGUUUGACCAGCAUGGAUAGCCAGUUAUCAGGCUGCUGGGAGAGCAGGCUGAGCAGCACCGUCACCAACAUUUCCAGCAACUGGUGGGGGUCUAAGCGGUUGGAUUAUGCUCUGUACUGUCCGGACGUCCUGACAGCAUUCCCUACAGUGGCUCUGCCUCAUCUGUUCCACGCUUCAUACUGGGAAUCCACCGAUGUGGUCGCCUUCCUUCUGCGACAGGUGAUGCACUGUGACUAUGUGAAAGCCCAAGGGAUGGACAACUCUGACUCCGCCCCCUUCUCACCUUCAAGUCCGAGGGAGAAGUGGCUACGCAGACGCACACACGUCAAGCUUAGGAAUGUCACCGCCAACCACAGAGUCAAUGAUGUCAUCGCAACUGAGGACGGGCAUCAGACACUGGUUGGUCGCUUCAUGUACGGUCCGCUGGAUAUGGUGACCCUGACUGGGGAAAAGGUCGAUGUGUACGUGAUGACCCAGCCGCAGUCGGGUCGCUGGGAGCACUUAGACACCGAGGUGACCAACAACAGUGGCAGAGUGACAUACACCAUCCCCAGAAGCAAAAAGCUGGUCUUGGGGGUCUACCCCAUCAAAAUGGUUGUCAAGGGUGACCAGACAAGCGCGGAGGCCUUCCUGACGGUCUUGCCGCAGGGGAUGGAGUGUGUCGUCUUUAGCAUUGACGGUUCAUUUGCCGCUAGCGUCUCUAUUAUGGGCAGCGACCCUAAAGUACGGCCCGGAGCUGUGGAUGUAGUCAGACACUGGCAGGACCUGGGCUACCUGAUCAUUUACAUCACUGGACGUCCAGACAUGCAGAAGCAGAGGGUUGUGUCCUGGCUGUCUCAGCACAACUUCCCUCAGGGGAUGAUCUUCUUCUCGGAGGGGUUGGUGCACGACCCUCUUCGCCAGAAAACCAUCUUCCUCAGGAACUUGGUGCAAGAGUGUCACAUUAAAAUCAACUGGGCCUACGGCUCCAUGAAGGACAUUUCCGUCUACAGCAUGCUGGGCCUCAAUCCCAACCAGAUAUAUAUAGUGGGACGGCCCUCUAAGAAGUACCAGAAUCAGUGCCAGUUCCUGAGUGAGGGUUAUGCAGUGCAUCUCUCCUCCCUGCAGUUCAGUCACAGAGCCCGGCCCAAGAAGAGCUCCUCGGUGCGAAUGGUUCUUCGAAAGGGCUCAUUUGGUCUGUCAGCUAAACCGGACUUCCUGUGUAAGCGGACACACCUUCGCCGCACAAUGUCGGUGCAGCAGCCUGAGCCACCCAUGACACCCAACCCUAAACCAGAGCGAGCUCAGAGCCAGCCCGAGUCGGACAAGGACCACGGAGGUGGAGGGGGUCCAGGCCAUGCCAUGUGGGCACGGGGGUCCAUGCACCGUGGCGACACCACUCCCUGACCCAAGAGAAACAUAGGAGGGAUGGAAAGGACAGAUGGUAAUGAUCUCGCGGUGGACUGAGCCCAGCAUCUUUACUCCUUCUGCUGAUAUUACACCAUAAAAUAAGACAAAUCCCACCUGAGCUGAUAAAAACUCCUCAGUGAAGUGCCAUCCGCAUGGAUCUGACACAACGACGCACAAACUCUGAGUCCUGAUGCUUUGUUUCGGCAACAGGAGCAGAGGAGAAUUCUGUUUCUAAAUUCAGUUUCAUCCGCCUGUGAUGCUUUGGAGAACUUCUGGAUUGAUUUUAGCAUCGUACAAAGGAUUCCUCGCAUCGCCCAUCAGGAACAAAGAGGAUAUCUGAUAAGAUCCUUAGAGAAAACAUCAAAUUUCCUCACGCCUAAGCAAUACGGAGGAAGAGGGAGGGUGAGCAUCCCGCUGCUCGGACAGGUGGCAGCGCUGACUCCUGCAAUAAUCCCUCUGUUUUAAUAUUGCAGGCAUUUGUCUGCUCUCUGGGCGGCUGUCUAUGGCCCACUUGUGGCCAGACGGACUUGCAAACUGUACAUUAACCUUUUGUGCCAGUGUGGCGACCAGGCCUGAACUCUUGUCGCCCCUGUCUGUGUUCAGUCGCUCAGCCAGAACAGAGUCUGACAGCGAUGGCCACUGCUACUGAACUCCGCCCACUCCUCUGCCGGGUCACGCCACGACUGCAGAAGCAUAUUUACAACCAUCGGUGGUUCUUCUUGUGCCUGUCUCUCACUCGUGUUGUAAAUAUAUAAUAAGUGGCACUGAGGCGAACUGAGUAUGUACAGGAUGAUGCAUUUGUGUGUGGCAAUAGCUGACUCCAGCAGUGCUCACACUGCAAUGAAGCAUUUUCUUAAUUGUGACCCUGGUCCACAAAACCAGUCUUAAGUCGCUGGGGUAUAUUUGUAGCAAUAGCCAAAAAUACAUCGUAUGGGUCAAAAUUAUCGAUUAUUAUUUUAUGCCAAAAAUCAUUAGGAUAUUAAGUAAAGAUCAUGUUCCAUGAAGAUAUUUUGUUAAUUUAUUACCAUAAAUGUAUCUCAACUUAAAUUUUGAUUAGUAAAAUGCAUUGCUAAGAACUUCAUUUGGACAACUUUAAAGGUGUUUUUCUCAAUAUUUAGAUUUUUUUGCACCCUCAGAUUCCAGAUUUUCAAAUAGUGGUAUCUCAGCCAAAUAUUGUCCGAUCCUAACAAACCAUACAUCAAUGGAAAGGUUUUAAAUUUACACUUAAGACUGGUUUUGUCAUCCAGGGUCACAAUUGGUAUUUUUUCCUCUUUUUCAGUACAAAUAUUUAAACAUCCUUAAGCAAGAUAAAUUUACAUGAAGAAUAAAAUUAUUUUCAGACAGUAUAUAUCGGGAAUAAAUAAAUAAAUUGAAAAACUGAUUAUAGCAUCAGUGUAAGAAAAAUGAUCAUAAUAAUAAUAAUAAUAAUAAACAAAUGAUUUCCAUAUUAAAUAAAAUAAAGUUCUUUUAAACUUUCUAUUCAUCAAAUCCUGAAGAAAAAAACAUGUAUUAUGGUUUUCACAAAAUAUUAAGCACUGCAUUUGUAUUCAACACUGAUAGUAAUAAGAAAUGUUUCUUGAGCGGCAAAUCAGCAUAUUAGAAUGAUUUCUGAAGGAUCAUGUGACACUGAAGACUCCAUAACAGGAAUAAUUAACAUUUUAAAGUAUAUUAAAAUACAAAACACAUUUCAACAUAUUACUGUUUUAGUGUAUUUUUGAUCAAAUAAAUGCAUACUUGAUGAGCAUAAGAGACUUCUUUCAUAAACAUUAUAAAAGUUUACUGACCUCAGACUUUGGAACAGUAAUAUAAAUUUAAAAUAUACAUUCUCUUAAUUCUUUAUUUUGCUUCUCAAUUAAAUGUAUCUUUUUAUGAAUGCUCGGAUAUUUUGACUGAAAACCAAGAUUAAAAAAUAGCACACCUUAAAUUGCCAAAUAACCAUUUUAUAUUUGUAUUGUAAAGUGACUGUGGUUGUCAAGAUGUCGUUGUGUCACAUUAUUGGUCUUAUCGCUACGACAACUUGCGCAAACACAACACGUUGAUAUUGUUUACAUGUAAAUCCAUCUAACUGGGUACGAUGGUCUUGUUGAAGAACAUACUAUAUUAGUAUUUUAAACUAUACUUGAGGACAACCUUUGUGUUACAAUAAAUAAAUGUAAAUCAACAAAAGACACUAUCAGGCCACUAUAAUGCUCGAGGGUGUCCAUACUCAAUAGUUCUUGUAAUGUCACAUUUUCCUAUCGUAGUUACUGAUUUUGGUAUUUUGUAUGGGGCUGUCUAUUGAAAAUUGCAGUUGCACAGCGAAAGUAUUUGUAAUUUUAUUUUGUUGUAUAUUUAACUGUAAAUCUUUAUAUAACACUAAAGACGGUGUGAAAGUGGGUAGGCAUGAGUGUUUUGGUCUGUAUCUACGUGUGCGCAUGUCUGUUACAUGUAUGCAAGUCUCGUGUGAGUGUUAGUUUGGAGAUAUUUUGUAUUUACUGUACAUAUUUUUAAUUCGGAGAUCGUGCUAGUGGCCUUUUGAUCCUCUGAUAGUUAUAAACUAAGCCUGUAAUUUGUGGAGAUUUUAUAGGCAAACUUUUUAAUUCAUUCGUGUGUGAUCAUUGCUGAAUUGUCAAAUAUAUAUGAACGUGUUUUCAGCCUUAUCAAGAUGUAUAUUUAUUUGUCUAAUAUCUAUAUUCUCAGAUGGUGUGUGAAAAAGUAUAUUUGUAUUUUAAAAACAUGUAAAGUGCAUAUAUUCAGUACACGACUGUGUCAAGGCCUCUUGACAACAUGUAUUAUUGUGGUAUUUGGUCCAGUAUUGGUCUAUUUCAGUGGAUGUGCUUCUGUUGGGCCUAUACCGAGCUGUAUACUCAUUCUUCAAUAAAUCAUUAUAAAUCCU